UUUCCACCAACAGGUCUGGAAGCUGUAUCUUGUCCCAAUAGGUGGUUCCUGUUUGAGCAGAACUGUUACGGAUUUUUCGAAACCAAACUGAGCUGGAACGAUGCAGAGACAGAAUGCACUUCCUUUGGUAAUAAGGCCCAUCUCGCCUCCAUCCUCACCAAACGGGAAAUGGACACCAUAUCUUCUUCUCUACUCACCAACUAUGCAGAGUCAUUUAGAGUCUGGAUUGGAAUGUACAAAAUCAGGGGCGGGAAGUGUCUUCCCAAGUAUUGAUGCAAGGCCGAUUGAUCGGUAAUUUCCUGGAUCUGUUUUUUUCCCCUUUCUUUAAGAUGGGAACCACAUCAGCUCUUUUCCAAUCUGCUGGUAGUUUCCUGGUACUCCAGAAUUUUUCAAAGAUAUGGUGUAAUGCAUC